CGCGCCCCUCUCACUGCUUCCGGCGGCGGCGGGCUGUUCCGGCGCGCGCCCGGGGCGGCGGCGGGGACCGUUGGGGUGCACGCCCGCGGGAGUGGACGCCGCGGCCGCCAUGCAGCUAACGGUGAAGGCACUCCAGGGCCGCGAGUGCAGCCUGCAGGUGUCGGAGGACGAGCUGGUGUCCACGCUGAAACAUGUGGUCUCGGAGAAGCUGAACGUCCCGGUGCGCCAGCAGCGGCUGCUGUUCAAGGGCAAGGCCCUGGCAGAUGGGAAAAGACUCUCCGAUUACAGCAUUGGGCCCAAUUCCAAGCUCAACCUAGUGGUCAAACCUCUGGAGAAGGUGUUACUGGAAGAAAGUACCGCCGCCUGCAGACUGACCGAGGCCCCACCCCCACGUCCACCGGCCUGGCAGCUGAUUGCCAAAGUUUUGGCCCGCCACUUCAGUGCUGCAGAUGCCAGCAGAGUCCUGGAUCAACUACAGAGGGAUUAUGAGAGGUCCCUCAGCCGCCUGACCCUGGAUGACAUCGAACGUUUAGCUAGCCGCUUCCUGCACCCCGAAGUCACUGAAGCUGUGGAGAAGGGAUUCUCCAAAUAGGAUUCAUGGAGUAUGGGGAUGAGCCCAGCCAGGCUGCAAGCUGCAUGUAGCAUUAAAUGUGUUCUCAUGUUGCAAUUUGGCUCAUAAUAAUAAUAGCUGGCAGGUAACCAGGUACCUGUACCCAGCUCUUGCUAGGUGCCAGGCACCACUCAAAGCACUUGACCUGGGUUUGCUCCCACACCUCGCACAGAAGGUGAGAUCGCCGAGGUUCCUGGCAGUGAAGUGGGGGAGCCAGAAUCCGAGUCCAUCCGGCUUCUAGAAGUGCCUCAGGAUGAGGAGAGAGGGGCUGUUCAGAAGGUUCUGAGGGAUGGGCUUUGACAUUUCGUGUUAAGCCCACUGAGAAUAAACCCUCAAGUGACUCCUUUCCAGACCUCUGGCAGGUCCAGCAUUGGCAGGAAGCCAAGUGACAGCCAGCCCUGGGCCCCUCAGCUGCUGCAACCCGUGUGCACUCGACGUGGGAAAGGUUGGGGAGUCGGGGAUGAACGUCGCCCAGCUCUGUGGUGUGACCUCAGGCAAGUCCCUGUGCCACGUGCGUCCCCAGUCAUUGACUCUGCCCAGUGAGGGCCACUCCUUAAACCUCAUUCAAUUUCCUUCAUCCUUACCCCAGCCCUGGGGGGUGGGGGUCUGCAGCAGUCUUCCCCUUUGUGUUCUCCAAACAAACUGAGGCCAAAAGCCAAUCAGUGACCACUGUGGCCCAGAAGUGUGGUGUCCUGGCCCUUCCUGUCACAGCUCUUCCCUGGGUACCCCCUCUGCUUCUCUCCCUGUGGACGCGGGCAGUUCUUGCUCUUUAGGGAUGGUGGGUGAAGUGCCAGAGCCAGGCCCCAACACCAUGCACUCACCCGCAGUGUGGAAGCGGACCCUCCCUGGCCACAAGUGCACAGGAACUUUUCACCUUGUACGCCCCUCACUGCCUGAGAAGAAACCUUGGGAUACCAGGGAGGGGGCAGAAGCAGAGGCUGGUGACAUUGGUCAUCCCACCCUGCCUGGUGUGGGCACUAGACAUCAUCCAAGCACCUGCUCCUUGGAAGGGGGCACCCAGGGCAGCCAAGGCUGGAAGGAAGCCACGUGCACAGGAGGACGCUCCAGCCCCGCCACCCUCCCUGCGUGAGGCCCUCCUGCCUGGGCCUCGUGGGGCAAACGCUGGGUCCCUGGGCUGGGAAGACAGACAGAGGCUCAAUGGAUGAAGGCUUUGAAGAGCAGACAGAAGCCCCUGGCCCCACCUGAGAGCUGGGAACAAACAGCAGGGCCAGCUUAGGAGCCUGUGUCGUCUGGCAGCUCAUGUGACAGACUUGCCAAUGCUCUCAUUUAUAUUGAGUCAGGAAGUUUAUGUUGAAAUUUUAAAUAGCACUAAAGGUGAAUGUGAGACUUUGAUCCAAAAAGAACUAUUAGCUAGGCUGCUUUUGGUUUCCAAUAACUGGUUUAACCAUAAAGGAAAUUGGUUUAAACAAUAAAGGAAACUUACCGGUUUACAAAACUGAGAAGUCCAGGGGUAUUGGCAGCAGAUGAACAAUUUUACCAAAUACCCAGUUUCUUCCUACCUCCCCUCUGCACUCUGCAGUGUCUGCUUCAUCCCAGGCCGCCGCCUCAGGAUCAAAAGAUGGCUGCCUUCCGCUUCCACCGAAUCCCUCAUUCACAGCCAGCAAGGAGCACCUUCCAACAAGGAGCACCUUCGCACCCUGUAGUAUAGCUUCUUUCUCACACUUCUUUCCCACCUCCAGCAAAUAAAUGCUGUCCUCUCAUUGGUCA